AGGAUGUGUGCAGAGGUUUGUCCGUGCUGGCAUGCCAUCCCAGUGGAACCUUUGGCAUUGUCUCGUUGUCAAAAACGGACUGUCUACUAAAUCGUGUCGGAAAUUUUGAAAUUGGUGAAUUUCAGUUCAAGCUUGGUUUAAGCUCUGCCAAAUCUAAAUAUGCGCGCAUGAGAAGUGAGACAGAUUUGAGAAGCCAUCGUACUCAACAAGUAGUUCAACAUUUGUUGAAAAGUUAAGAGCGCGUUGCAGGUGGUGCUGUGCUCAGAUCUGAAUGUCAUGAGUUGUUGAGCAGUGCCAGUGGUCAUGUCAGAACUGGAGGUGGAUCAGUCCAACCUGCCCAGAGUCCAGGAGGUGUGCCAGUGUUUUGCUGUACGGGAGGAUGGAGCUCUAGCACAUAACCUACAGGAGCAAGAGAUUGAGCAGUACUACACUUCUAAUGUACAGAGAAAUCAGCUGAUACAGAAGGACAUCUGUGUAGCCAAGAGACUGCAGGAUGAGGAGCAGCACAGAGCUCAGAUGCUUCAGCACCAGACCACUCGACAGCUAGAGGAGCGGGACUCUGCAUAUGCACGCAUGAUUCAGGAGGAGAUCCAGCAUUGUGCGGAGGAGGCUCUCAGGAGGGAAGUGGAGGACGAGGAAAUAGCUAAAAGGAUACAGGAUGAGGAAGAGCUGUGUGCAAGACGCAGUGGAAGUAACGAAAAUAAAGAUGUUCUAGAGUCCUCAAGUGUUCCUGCACCACCAUACUCGCCUCGUCCUGUUUACACUCUUCACACUGACCAUAAAUACUUACACCAGCCUCCAUCCAGAAGAUGGCAGCGCUCACACUCACCCAUCUACUCUGACUCUGAGGAGGACCUAAUUGAACACAGGCCUACAGUUGUAACCAGUGGGAGCCGAAUGUACCGAGACUGCAGACCCAGUGUAGGACAGCAGAGAAAACUUGUCAGCUCCAGAAGACCUUCGAGAGCUCAUUUAGAGCAAGACAACAGGAGCACAAUGAGCCAAAGUAGCACUGUAAGCAGGGAUUCACACCUGUCAGGAGGAUGGGGUGAUGUCAUCAGGCUCAUUAAAAACGACUUGAGUGAGCAAGGCUACCUCAGCCACAGUUCUGAGGAUGAACUCUUUGAACCGGUCUAUAAGCUCGAGAAAAUACUGAGACAAAAGCAGCAAGUCUCAGAUCAGCGUCGGCUGAGUCGCCACAGCAGCAUGAGAGAAAAUAGUAGCAGAACAUGGCAGGGAGAAGGUUGUAGUCAUAGGGUGAGUUUUAGGGACAGGGACCAAGAAAGACAUGUUCAUUUCCUGGAGGAAAGGAGGCGACCCAACAGUUACCAUGGCAAUGGAUAUAGGGCAAAUGAAAAUGGUCACAAUGACACUAGGGAGAGGGAUGCAGGGAUACUAAGGGGCAAUCACACUCAUCCUACUUUGUUGGUUGGCCAACAUCAGACUCAAUCUCAGAGUUUUCAACGUAACAUUUCAAUGCGACGUAGUUACCAUGGUGAUGUCAGGCUAAGCAGGAGGACAUCGGUGCGUCAAGGAACCAGAACAAGUAGCCACAAUGAAUCUGACUUCGUUAAUAGGGUGAGGCUCUCAAAUAAUGCUCCUUCACUGGAGUCUAGAGCAGGACAGUUGAUGGAGGAGGAAGGUCUAGGCCAUUUUAGAGAUGAAGACAGAGGCAGAAGCCAGAGGCAGAGAUCUCACUCAUUGGCAGAGGAGGAAAGGAGGAUAGAAAGGGACCGCAGGCAUUACCGUGGGGAACAUAGAGUGAGGCGAAGCCAAAGUGAGCGCUGGCAGAUCUUUGAGGAAGAGAGAUUGAGCACAGAGGAGCAGGAGUUGGAGAGGGAGAGCACAAGGGAGGAGAGACCAUGUAACCUCUCUCAGUCUUGCAGUGGCAGCUUUCCCAGAGAAGGACCUGCUAUUAGGAGUGGAAUGGCUGCUCUUAACUUGGGGGAGCUUGAGCAAGUGCUCUUGGAUGAGGAGCUGGCCCGCAGGCUUCAGGAAGAAGAGGACAGUUUGGCUGGAGAGACUCCUCAGGGUGCCUCCCCUCUUAGAAGGGUCUGUCCAGUAGGAGACUUCAGAGUGGCACAGGUCGCUCAAGAUGAGGAAAUUGCACGUUUUAUGCAGAAACAGGAAGUGAAGGCUAAGCGAAUGUCUCGUGAGCUGGACCUUGCUGAACCUGGACAAGAAUACAGGGCGAAUGUGAAUGACAGGAGAGCAGCAUGUGAGAGACAGAUAUGUGAAUUUGACUUUGAGAUGCAGAGAGAAUGGCAGGACUCUGAGGGUCUUCAAUCACCAGUUGAUGACUUCACACAAGAUUAUCAGAUUCCUAGCCCCAUUUCCAUGGCAGUGCCACAGCAACCCAUCAGAAAUGUUGCAGAGGAACUAGACCCCACCUUUCAAAGAAAGGACACCACUGAAACGGGGCUGGCCAUUAAAGGUCCCUGUCAAAAUCAAACUUCCCAACAAGUUAGUUUGCUAAACCCCAUGGAGGAACCUACUUUUGUGCCACCCACGAAACGACAGAGUGACAAAUUGGGUCGAGUAAAAACCAAGGAGAAGGAGAAUGUGAAACAGAAAGAGAAUUGCAAGCAACAGUGAUGCUUGACAUCUCAAUGA